AGAAGCAGCUUCAGAGUCAGGGCAGGUGGUCGAAGUGGGGUGGAGAUAACAUCGUUAGGAUGCCAGACGUCCAGAAAAUUGAUGCGCAGAAUGGUGAUGCCCCAGAAGCCCAGAGGGGGGCCUGUAACACUGCAGUACCAGACCCCUAUCUGGAAAACAGCAGCGGCCGCCCAGAUCAACCUGCUUGUAGCCCUUCACAAGGUCUUUCUGUCACAGAGCUGAUGGAGACGGUUAAUGGAGUUUCCAAGAUGAGCAUUGCACAUGAAAUUGUGGUGAACCAGGAUUUCCAUAUGGAAGAGAUGGCCUUAUCUCCAGAUAGUCUGGAAAGCAAGAUUAAGGAGACAAUGCACAGUGCUUUCUGGGACCAUCUCCGAGAGCAGUUAGCAGCCACUCCCCCGAACUACACAUAUGUUCUGCAGCUUCUGAAAGAAAUCAAAGAGAUUUUGUUAUCGCUGCUCUUGCCUCGCCAGAGCCGUCUAAAAAGUCAGAUUGAAGAGGUGAUGGAUAUGGAGCUUCUCAAGCAGGAAGCUGACCACGGAGCCCUGGAUGUCUCUCAUCUCUCCACCUACAUCCUGAGCAUGAUGACAAUGCUUUGUGCACCAAUUCGAGACGAAGAGGUUGAGAAAUUGGAGAGCAUAUCAGAUCCUGUGCUGCUACUGAGGGAGAUAUUCCAUGUUCUAGGCCUGAUGAAAAUGGACAUGGUGAACUUCACCAUCCAGAGUAUACGACCACAUCUGCAGGAGCACUCGAUCCAAUAUGAGCGGGCCAAAUUCCAGGAGCUUCUCCAGAGAAUGCCCAACUUCCUUGAUCACACCGCAAAGUGGCUAAGCCAAGCAGCUGCUGAAGUCAUGACACCCCCUCCACCAUCCUAUGACCCUACAGAACAAAUCACUUCUUCACCUGCAGAUGAGACAGUGAAAGGCAGUCCUAUCAUAAGCCCCUCACUGGUGCUGAACCAGGGUUAUAUGAAUCUCCUUCACUGGGACCCUGACAAUGAGGAGUUUCCCGAGACUGUGAUGAUGGACAGGACCCGGCUGCAGGAGAUUCAGUUCCAGUUAAAUAAGCUGACCAUUUUGGCCUCCGUGCUGCUAGUAACCAACAGUUACUGUGGCCCUAAGUUACUGAGUUCUCCUCAUUUUGUGGACAGACUGAAGCAAAUAAUCAAAGUCCUCUUGGAGGGAAAUCAGUCAAGGCUCCAUGAGGCUUUGCUGAGUAUAAGUGACCAAGUGCUUCAGGAAAUACAGCAGGCCCUUGUGGACCUGAACCUUCCUGCCCUGAGCAAAGACGACAUGGCUUCCCUGUCAGGCCAGAUCCACAGUGUGGCGAAGGAGGACAACUGCGUCCACAGCAUCAUUGAUCAGCGGAUCCGUUUGUUUCUCAAGGGCUGCCUGAUCCGAGGUGUGCAGCCUUCUCUGAGAGACCUCCCUGGAGGCAUUACUCCUAUUGAAGAGGAGCUGGCAGAAAUGGGCCAAAGGUUUUCAUGCCUGAUACUUCACAAUCAACAAGUGUUUGGGCCCUACUACGCCGACAUCUUAAAAAAAGUGCUCUUCUCUCCACAAGAGUCGGAAGUGAGUAUGGAUUCUACCUGACAUCUCGAGUGGAAUGCCCUGCUGUGGGGCAUGGAAGAGAAGAGCCCUUGUCCAUUGCCUGUGGUUGGCAUGACAGUCAUACCUCCUCUUCCUCCACCCCUGCAGCCAGGACACCCAAGCUGCCUGUGAACACCAAGUUGCCUGAGCCCUUUUACCAAUAAAUUUUUGAGCUGCAAGAAUCAUUUGCUACUGUGCUGGAGCUUUAGGCUUGGCCGCUGGGCUCCAUCCCACCUAUUGGUUAGUUGAGAAGCUAAAGGGCUUGGACAGUUUUCUACAGCACUUGGGAAAUAGACAGGUGUUGUUGCUCUGUUAACCUACCCUUGUACGUAACCCACAAGGAGGGCUAGGUAGCCAAGACGCUUAGAUUCUGUUCCUGGCUGUCAUCCUGGAUGACGGGGUGGUCUAUCCCAAGGGGAAAAGCAUUGCACUAGAGUCCACGAAGGCUAUGACUUCACAGUCUCUGAGUCCUGGGUAGAAAGGGCCUCGGGACAUCAGAAACCCACUUAGUGGUUUUUUUCUGAAGAAUUGAGGAAAUCUUUUCCCCAAGGCUAACUACCCCGUAAGGGCCUUAGGUGGAUGCUACACAGUGGAGGGGAAACCAGGGACUGGAUAACAAGGGCUUUUCCAUCUUCCUGCGCCAUUGGGUGGUUUGGAAAAAACAGGACAGAAGGGAGGGGUAUUAAAAGGCUGUCAGCUGAGGAAAUGGGCUCAAAUGUGUGAGGGACUUGUCCCCUUCUCAGGUGAGUCAGCAAUGGGGCAGUUCCUUUCUUUCUUAUCUUCAGCUUAGAAUUAAAUCUCUGGCAUCUGGGACCAUCACUGAUAUGUGGAGAGUUAGCAUCAUACUAGAUACGUGUCCUAGGACACAACUGAGGAUAAAAUUGGUGCUGAGGGGCCCUCAGGCUAGCAUCCUGAGUGUGUAUCAUCACGGUACCACCUCUAACCAUGAUGUCUACAAUCAUCAUUAAGGAGCUCACAUGGGGCUUGGUCUCUCAGGAGGUGGGGAGGUAAGGGAGUAGGGGUAGAGAGGGGAAGCAAGAGUUUUUAUUUCAGGAAAGAGAUUUUU